AAGAACGAAACAAUAAUAUGGAUUCUGGAAUUUUAAGUUUUAGUUUUCUCCUUCAUGAUGUUAGGAUCUGUACUUCCACUGAUUUGGUUUGAAUGAUAGAUUACGGAGAUAAUUUGAUACUUUUAAUGUAGUUUGAGCAAAAUAUUUUAGUGAGCAGAAGGUGUUCGACGAAAUGCUUGAGAGAGUUGUUGUCUUCUGUAAUUCAGUAUGUUUUAUGUUGAAUGUGUACAAUCUUGAGCUUUAAAUGAUGAGUUCAAUUUUAAUAAUUGUUUGAGUUCAUGCACCAGAUUCAUCUAGCUUGUUGGUUCUGGUCAUUAGAAUUUAGCAGAAGCAGUGAAUAUUCUUGUUUUGGUUAGGGAAACUUUAUGAGAAGGUUGAUCUUUUCUUGUGUGUGUAGAGAGACCCAUCUACAUGGUCUCAAGGUGGAAAUGGAAAGGUGCUGAGGCAAUGGCACUUACAGAACCUGUUUCGAACUGAGGCCUUGGCUUGAUGGCUUCUUCUCAGCGAUCUGUUGAGCCAGAGCAAGCUGAUCUAUUGGACGGUGGUUGUUUUGGUAGACCUAUUGUUAGUACCUAGAAAUAAGAUGAGAGAUGGAUUCAAUUGUCUUUUGAAGAAGCUUUCUUUUUGCGCGACAAACUCAACUAGAUCUUUCUUCACUGUUGUUCCUUGGAAGAUGAGUUAGAUCUAUGGCGAUCCAUGAGAUUCUCUAAGGCAAGUUUUGCGAUCUUGUUUCCUCUACGAUCAAAGAACUGGAUUGUGAGAUCAUGGUUACUAUAUGGAGCUGAUUUCGUGGUGUGAUAUAGACAUCAUCCAUCUCUUGUCCACUCUCACUACGCUGUUCUGGUUCAGUCCAUUGGCGAGAAUGAUCGGUUUAAGGUGUUGUCCCUCGUGAAAACAUUGUUGAUUCUUGACGUCAAUGGAAAAGUUGAUACAGAGAACAUGAACCUAUCUUUGUGUUUAGAAGACUACACAGUGGAAGAGCAAACAAUUCGUAGAUGGAGUCCAGAACUUACCCGUGAAGAUGAAACCAGAACAUGAUUAUG